AUGAAGCUGCAAAUUGCCGCCCUAUUCGCAGCCUGGGGACUUCGUGGUGCCUUGGGUACACCUAUUGACGACGCCAAUGUGGGCGUUUCCGAAGGCAAAGACGUGUCCUCCUUCGAAACUUAUUCGCAUCUCUCGAAGCGGUAUUUUGGCGGUGAUCCGAGCACGGGCGAGAUCUGUCCCCAGACACAGGGUUUGUUCUAUAAAACAAGCUCUGGAGCAACGUUCCAGAUCGGGUGCUCCGUCGACACAGCCGGCGGGACCCUUCUCGCCGUAUACAAGGACCAGAGUAACGUCCUGGCCUGUACCCAGCAGUGUGACAGCUGGAAUAAGAGCCCAUCGGGUAAAGGUAGGCUUUGCGGCUCGGCGACCUAUUACAAGACCCCGCCCAACGGUGUGCACAACUGUUAUAUCCGCCAGACCGACGUGUCGUGGCUGGCUACUGCACCGAUUGCGAAUGCAGAGUCAGGUGAAUAG